CUGGAAAGAUAGUGAACGGAAUCGGCUACAGUUGAACCAACGACACUUGCACGGUGGUUGCAGUUCGUUUUCCCGGCAUUCAGGUAUUCACUGUACCCAAGGACAAGUUGUAUCCUCCUCCUCUCUGUUCUUUGGGAUUUAAAUUUACCAAACCAACCACCACCUCAAAAUGUUCGCCUGUGCCCGAUUCAUUGCCCCUGCCGCCAGGACCGCCUUGGUGUCUGGAUCUCGAGCGUACAUCCGACCAAUUAGCAGUGCUUUGGUUAGUCACAGCAGCCCACCACAACAAAAUAUCACACAGACGACACCCCCAGUUAGUUUGCUUCCGGCAGUACGUAAUUUCCAGACAACUUCUGUAACUAGAGACAUUGACUCUGCAGCCAAGUUUAUUGGUGCUGGUGCAGCUACUGUGGGUGUAGCUGGUUCAGGGGCUGGAAUUGGAACAGUGUUUGGCUCGCUCAUCAUUGGUUAUGCAAGGAACCCAUCACUGAAGCAGCAACUGUUCUCAUAUGCCAUCUUGGGAUUUGCCUUGUCUGAGGCCAUGGGUCUGUUUUGUCUUAUGAUGGCUUUCUUGUUGCUGUUUGCAUUCUAAACGCAUUUUAGUUUACCUACUCACUGCCACCAUUGAAGUGAAAACUUCUAUGGGGUUUAGGGCCUUCCAUGGAAUAAUACUGUGGAGGCAUGACUAUUAGUUGUGUGAGCUUUUGUUUAUCUGGUGACUUUUCGAGAUGGUGAUCUUGUAUUAGAAGUGUGUCUUGGGGCUUUGUGGACAAUAUUGUAAUCCUUCCUUUUAUCAAGGCCACCUUCAAGAGAAGACGAGCAGCAGAAGAAAUGCCUGGACUCUACGGGAUUAUUCCAUGGUUUCCCCCACACUUGUAGCGGAAAUGGAGCUGCCUGCAUUAUGUUCAGCCAUAGGACAGUUUUGAGUGGGAUUGCUGUAAUAAAGAGAUGAAUCCAAUUUGCAAAUUGUAUAGUCUUGUGAAAUUAAUUUAAGUAUUUUGUUCUUAAUACCAGGAGAACUCCAUAUCCAGUGACUUCAAGAAUUAUUUUAAGAGAAUUGAUACAAUUUUCAAUGUAUAUUUAUGAGGGUUUAUUACUUUUGUGUAAUGCAGUGUAUCUGGACACAAAUUAAUAUGUAAGAUGGGAGAGGGAUAUUCCAUUCAUUGUACAGUGUUAGAACAAGUAAACUGUAGUUGUGAAAAAUUGCCCCAUGCAGGGUAGCUCAAUGAA